CCUCCAACCCAGGGUCAGUCAUGAAGAGUGGACUGACGGGGAUGACCACAGGCAUUCUGGGUGGCAUCUCUGGCAUAGUCUCUCAGCCUGUGCGCGGAGCCAAGGACGACGGCGCCUCUGGAUUUAUGAAAGGCCUGGGCAAAGGGGUGGUCGGUGCAUUCACCAAACCCGCCAGUGGUGUGAUGGACUUUGGGCUCGAUACCAUGUCCGCACUCCGAGACAGCACCCGUGGACCUAAGUGCAGUGCUACCGUCAUGCGGCUGCAACGGCAUAUACCUCCAGGCGGUAUCAUCGUACCAUACAGCGAACACAGUGCAAAAGGCCAGCGACUGUUCUACAGCUACCAGGCACUCACUCCUCGAGACACAGACCAGAUAGACGAGGGCAUUACGGAGCACUACUAUGCCCAUUCAAAGCUUAAGAAUGGUCAUUAUCUGCUCAUCACCACACAACGCAUACUGGAAUUGGAAGCACAACAAGGAGAGGGCGACAGCGACAGCGGGUGUGAGUUGCAGUUGCAGCUACAUACAUCGGCUACAGUGAGAGGGGUGUGUCACGUGGAGAUAGUGCGCACGGGCGACGAGAUCAUGCUCCAUCUCAGAGUGGAACGGUCGCAGUUUAGGACUGCCGUGUCUACACCGAACACAGCAGCCUCGCGCAACAUGUCUUGGACAAGCUCAUUCAAGGUGCCCAAGCCUAGGUCAUUGGCCAUAGAGGAAGGCAUUGUGCACUGCAACGCCGCAGCACUGACACAUAAAGGGGCUGUGGAGAUGAGAGACAACAUCAUGGCAGUAGUGACUCUGUACCAGCACGAGCUGAAGGUGAAGCGAUUCGAGGACUAGCUGGAGAGCUACAUACGAAAUAGACAUGUAUCCAUUGACGUUUUAAUAAAGUAUAAUACGUGU